UCAGUGGUGAAUCACUGUGAGAGAGGGUACCCCAGCUGAGAGGGUAACCUGAGAGUUAUUUAAGCAGUCCUUCAAGGCGAAGUAUGUCGGAGCUAGCUAUGUGGAUGCGCGAAGGAAGGAAUUCCUGAACCUGACCCAGGGUGGUAAGACCGUUGCUGAAUAUGAGGCAGAGUUUCUGCGAUUGAGCCGGUAUGCUAAUGGUAUUGUCUCUACCGAAUACGAGCGCAGUGUUCGCUUUGAGGAUGGCCUCAGGGAUGAGCUAAGGGUGCUCAUAGCUCCGCAAAGAGAGCGCGAUUUUGCUGCACUGAUAGAAAAGGCUAAGAUAGCCGAAGAGGUGAAGCAAGCUGAACGAGGGAACCGUGACAGGGAUCGAAAUCGAUUCAGGAGAGAUGCUGGACCAACUGGUGCUGCAAACCGGAAUGUUAAGAGAGCUAGGAUGGAAGAACCAGUUCGAGCGGUUCCGGUGAAUACUGUUAGACCACAAGCUUGUGGAGAUUGUGGUAGAAUGCAUUUGGGGGAAUGUUGGAAACGUUCUGGGGCUUGUCUUCGUUGUGGAUCAAAGGAACAUAAGAUCAGGGAUUGUCCUAAGAGGCCAGCUCAGGCUCAAGUGGUUGAACAAAGGGCUGUGCAACCCGUGCAAACAGCGCGAGGUGGACCAUCGCCGUUGAGAGGUCAUGGCCGAGGUCGCGGUGGCAAUGGCCAUGGACGUGGGGCACCUGGCAAGGGUACUAUUAACACUGAGGCUCGUCAGCCAGCUUUGGUAUAUGCUGCUCGUCGCCGCGAGGAGGGUGACGCACCUGACGUCAUAACUGGCGGUUCGUGUGUGGAUCUCGUCAGCAUAUCGUCGCAAACAGGUGUGUAACUAACACCCUCUUUCUUAGUCUAGAUCGGCAAAAGCCGAAAAGCCGAAAUGCCGAAAAUCGGUAUUUUGUAGAUUUGCGAGUGUGCGAAUGCUCGUGAGGUAAAUCGAUUAAUGUUUUUGGUAAGCUGCAAUGUUUGGACUGCAAAGUGCAUGAUUUCUGUGCCCUCGA